CAAGACAAAAAACACUAAAGACAUUUAUCAUGGAGUUGAUGGAGAAACCAAUAAGAACCCACCAGUUAAAAAAGUCAAACAAGGUUCGUUUCUGAUCAAAAACCAAGAACACAAAAUGGGUCUUCCUCAAAAAUUGGCAGCCAAAAUCAUAAUUGUAUUUUUUCUUCAAUUCUGCAGUAACAGAGUUACAAGCAUUCCUAAUACACAGGUGCUAACAGUUCUCUGCAACUCUGGAGUAUAUUCAAAAGGUGAUCCUUUUGGUAUAAGUCUAGACUACGUGGUUAAAGAAUUAGAGACUGUGACACCUACAACCAAGAAUUAUGACUUCUACAAUAUCUCUCCUUAUCCAAAUGCUUUUGCCUAUGGUCAUGCUGUUUGUAACCAGAACCUCACAAAUUUAGACUGCGAAACAUGUCUUGGAGCAGCUAAAUCAAAUAUGUUUUCCACUUGUCAAAACAGGAUCGGUGCUCGUUCUGUGCUCCAUGAUUGUUCAAUUAGGUAUGAGCAAUAUCCAUUUACAGAUUAAGCAUCUUGGAUCCCAAUAAGUGGGAUUUUUUUUUUUCUUUUUCCUUCUUGAUUUUAGUCCAAGAAUGUUAUCUAUAACAAGAAGUGUACUGUCCAACCUUAUCCCCAUUAAUGGUCUCAUUUCUAAUUCUGGUUUGAUUAAAUUUUCUAGUUUCUUUCAUUCUUAUCUCCUGUUUUUCUAGUUUUGGAUUCUUGUAAAGAGAUGGAUUUAUGUUUGUUUGUGGAUUGAGUAAUAACAAGAAUGAUUGACUGCAAA